AGGAGGUGGGUCUACGCAAGCAGGGUGGGCGGAGGCUUCCGGCCAGGUUUGGCACUGACGUGGAGAAGCCAGUGGGUGCCCCUGCCUUGACAGGUAGAGAAGAGAAGAGGAGAACGCGGGCAGGUGAAGGCGGAUGCGGAGCUCGAGCCAGACGCUUCCGGGGCAGUCAGUAUCUCCCACGAGAAGGCAUUAAUAAUUUGGGACAAUGUUUGCAGACUUGGACUAUGACAUUGAAGAGGACAAGCUGGGGAUUCCUACUGUGCCUGGGACAGUGACCUUGAAGAAGGACUCUCAAAAUCUGAUUGGGAUCAGCAUAGGAGGAGGAGCUCAAUACUGUCCCUGCCUCUAUAUUGUUCAGGUAUUUGAUAACACUCCGGCGGCUCUAGAUGGAACUUUGGCGGCUGGUGAUGAAAUCACAGGUGUGAAUGGGAAGUCAGUCAAAGGGAAAACCAAAGUAGAAGUGGCCAAAAUGAUACAGGUGGUGAAGGAAGAAGUGACGAUUCACUACAACAAACUCCAGGCUGAUCCGAAGCAAGGAAAGACUUUGGAUAUCGUGCUGAAGAAAGUGAAGCACCGCUUGGUGGAGAACAUGAGCUCAGGGACAGCAGAUGCCUUGGGGCUGAGCCGAGCCAUCCUCUGCAAUGAUGGGCUAGUGAAGAGAUUGGAAGAGCUGGAGAGGACUGCAGAGCUAUACAAAGGCAUGACGGAACACACAAAGAGUCUCCUCAGAGCUUUCUUUGAGCUAUCCCAGACUCAUAGAGCUUUCGGCGAUGUUUUCUCAGUCAUUGGUGUACGGGAGCCUCAGCCAGCUGCCAGUGAAGCUUUUGUGAAAUUUGCAGAUGCCCAUCGUAGCAUUGAGAAGUUUGGAAUCCGCCUUCUAAAAACCAUCAAACCGAUGUUGACUGACCUGAACACUUACUUGAACAAAGCCAUUCCCGAUACAAGGCUAACUAUCAAGAAGUAUUUGGAUGUCAAGUUUGAGUAUUUGUCCUACUGUCUCAAGGUGAAGGAGAUGGACGAUGAGGAAUACAGCUGCAUUGCACUUGGAGAACCUCUCUACCGGGUCAGCACAGGGAAUUAUGAAUACCGCUUAAUCCUGCGUUGCCGCCAGGAGGCCCGGACGCGCUUUGCCAAGAUGAGGAAGGAUGUGCUAGAAAAGAUAGAGCUGCUAGACCAGAAACACGUGCAAGACAUUGUGUUCCAGCUGCAGCGUUUCGUUUCUACCCUUUCCAAAUACUAUGAUGACUGCUAUGCUGUGUUGCGGGACGCCGAUGUCUUCCCCAUCGAAGUGGAUCUGGCCCGUACCACACUGAGUUAUGGCCAGAAGGAUGUUUUCACGGAUGGUGCAGAGGAGGAGGAGGAGGAGGAAAGUGGGGAGUGCAACCAGAAGGAGGAAGAGAACGGUGAGAAACUCAUCGAUGAUGCCUGAGCUCACAAACUUGAUGAAGUGGGAAAUCCCUGCAGAGACUGAUAAAUUCUAUUUCUCUAGG